UAAUGUCCAUUGAUAAAUAAAUGUAUAGUUGUAUUGAUUCCAUCAGCCGAGGAAGAAAUAAUAAAAAAAGGAAACUGGAAAUCAGAAAAAAAAGGGACUUCAAUUCUGCGCAUUCAUGGCUUUUUCUCACCGAUAAAAUUUUUAAACCCCUAAACAUAUUUUACAGAUUUUCCACACACCUUAGGUUCUUCUUCCCUGUUUCUGUCUUUGCCUUUGUUUCUAUUCCACCACCGAUUAUCCAUUUCGUUUAUCUCUCUCUCUAGAUAUUUCUUUGCUCUCUCUCUCUAUUCGGUGGGUAAAUAUAUCAAGGGAAUCUUUUGCCAGAUAACUAAUCUAAUUCGGAAAUUGUUAGUGCAAGAGGGAGGGUACUGGUUCGCGGAGGCAGUGAGACUUCUGCGAGCUUAACGUCCUCUCUCACUGUAUACUUGUUAUUGUAUACUUACUGAGCGCAUGCUUAGUUCGAAUGAGCUCUGGAUCAGGUCUGAUAAUUGCUAUAGUGGGUAGAAAGAAAGAGAUUGAAGUUUUAAACAAUGGGUUCUGUUUGCUGCUGUUUGAGUGUUGAGGAUUUGGAGGAUUAUCUGAAUCCAAACAGUACUGUGUAUAGGAAUUGCAUGUGUCUCAGCUGCUUUGUCCAGAAUUUGGUAUAUGUGUAUACAUCUUUGUUCCAACGAGGAGAAGUGCAUUCUGUAUCUUCAUCUAUACAGGGGGCAGCAUCAAUGACUUCUGCUGCUUCACUUGACAACUCUAUCUCUGACAUGUACCGUUCUCCUCCAAGGCCUAUGCCUUAUGAUGUCGAUCCCAGAUAUUUCCGCUUGCAGCGUGAUGGUCUGGUGUCAAGUUGUGCGAAGGGUUCAAGCCAAUUCCAUGAGGAAUCAGUACCUCUAAGAAGUGAUUAUGAUGUAGAUUCAGAGUCAUUAAGUGUUGGAGAUAAGUUGAAUGAUUCCUCUUGUGGAGAUGGAUCAAAAGAACACCAUUCAAAAUCAUCACUUAAGCUUUCAUCAGCAAAAGCGACACCUGGAAUUGGCUAUAUUUAUUCUCCUUCAGAAGAGGAGGAUGUCUGUCCAACAUGCCUUGAAGAAUAUACAUCAGAGAACCCUAAGAUAGUGACAAAAUGUUCUCACCAUUUCCACCUAGGUUGUAUAUAUGAAUGGAUGGAGAGAAGUGAAAACUGCCCAGUCUGUGGCAAGGUGAUGGCAUUCGAUGAAUCAACUUGAUCCUCCCUCAGGGUUUAUGUCGUGGAUGGAACCAACAACUAUUGGAGAAGAAAACUAAAAGAGAUGUGUAAAACCCUUUGUGAAUACCCGAUUAAUGUGUUUGUGUUUGUCAUCGAUUGUAAAUAUAAAAUGAAACUUGUUCUUUAGAUCAAAAAUUUUCAUGAGUAUAUUUUCUUCAAACUGUUAUUUUUGAAAUCUUCUUCUCAUGGUUCCUGAAAAUCUGGCUGUAGUUUUCCCCAAAAGAACAACAUUAUACAUGGCAUGGAAGUUUGUCAUUGAAUGAAGAGAAAACAUGAUAUCAA